UCAUCAAAUUCAAAUCAAAGAAAUUGAGUACUUGCACGUAUGGAUAUGGAUGCUGCAAACAGGCUUUCUGCAAUUGCUGCCGAAAUGGGGCAACUGCAAAAUGAGAUUCAAGAGCGCCGUAGAGUGCUAAACCUCUUUUUGAGGAGUGUUAGAACACUGGAUCCUGCCAGGAAAGAAGCGCGCAUUCGCGCUGCCAGAGAGCGUAUCGAGGAUUUGGAGGGGAGGCAGCAAGCGCUGCGGGCGGAGCAGCAAGCACUCAUAGUGGAGGCUGUCUCCCACGUGCACGGGGGAAACUAGAAGAGUCCGUCGACUCUUUUUAUUUUUAUAAGGUUUAAAUAAGUGUCUGUAGACGCAAAGUAGUGUGUUUUAAUGCAUGACUUUGGCUUUGUUUAGUAGAGAUCUACUCCGAUGCUUACUGGAGUCCUAUUUAUGCUAACUAUCUUUGUUCAACUUCUUCAUUCAUGGCCUUUUUUGUUUCAUUUCUUACUCUACUAUUUUAAAUUCUAAGCCAACUCCCCAGUGUCAUUUUUUCCGUCCAAUUCGCCUAAAUAAAUUUAUUCAAGAUGG